UUUCGGGUGACGGCUCCUUUAAGAAAACGGAACUGAGCCUCGGCUUUUGACGCGCUGAGGAUGUGGGCAGGAAACGCCAUGCAAGAGGAGAGAAGCGAUCACGCUUCCCAGCAGCGUUGCACAAUACAGCGCCAUCAAAAUGUGCUUUAAUUUUCCACGCUAAUGUCCAGGAGCGGUCAUUCUCCUCGGAUCUGCGCUCCACAGCAGGUUAGGAGGAUUUGCCGGCGUGGGAUUUGACUCCUAUCCGAGCGAGAGCGCAGCCUUCCCAGCCUGCUGGGUUUGAAAACAUCGGGGCUGGUCAGCGGGUGGGAGCAGAGCAGGCUUCGUCGCUGGAAAAAAAAAAGGAGGUGUCUGCCUAUUUUUUUUUUACCCCUUAGUCAUGAGGGAGUACAAAGUGGUUGUUUUGGGGUCGGGUGGAGUCGGGAAAUCCGCGCUGACGGUCCAGUUCGUGACGGGCUCCUUCAUCGAGAAGUACGACCCCACGAUAGAGGAUUUCUACAGGAAGGAGAUCGAGGUGGACUCCUCUCCGUCCGUGCUGGAGAUCCUGGACACGGCGGGGACCGAGCAGUUCGCCUCCAUGCGAGACCUGUACAUCAAGAACGGCCAAGGCUUUAUUUUGGUUUACAGCCUGGUGAACCAGCAGAGCUUCCAGGACAUCAAGCCCAUGAGAGACCAGAUCAUCCGGGUGAAGAGAUACGAGAGGGUGCCCAUGAUCCUGGUGGGAAACAAGGUGGACCUGGAGGGGGAGAGAGAGGUGUCUUCCGGGGAAGGCAAGGCGCUGGCCCAGGACUGGAACUGCCCGUUUAUGGAAACCUCAGCCAAAAAUAAAGGAUCAGUGGAUGAGCUGUUUGCAGAGAUAGUCAGACAGAUGAACUAUUCCACUGUUCCCAGUGGUGGCGACCAGUGCUGCUCAUGUGUCCUGCUCUAAAACACACAUAGUCAAACAGUGCAUCCGGGCUGAAUUUGAGCUUCUAACUUGUCCUGCAGGCUUUUUGCAAAACUAUUCUCUCUCCUCACACUGUUGUCUUAUUGUUGCACACAAACACAAAUCGACGACGACAACAAUCGAUUAUGUAUUAUAGUCUGGAAAAGUGUUUACAUGACAAAGUACUUGAAUGUUUUGGGAUUUUUUUAUAGCUUUGUAUAUGACACUUCUCUGGAAAUGUGCCUCAAUGGGAAUGUCUUAUUGUGAAACCUAAGAGACACCUCUUCUCUGGUUGUUAUUUUUUUUUUUUUGCGGUUUAAUUUGUUGUACUGUUUAUCUUCUGGGCUGGGUCCAUCUGUGUUGGGGAGGUGGCGGUGCUUCUAGGGCACCUCUAGGGUCUUUUUGUGCUGAAGUGAAAGGGCAGGAGGCGCUUAAAUAUCGCUCAUAAACGUAUCAAUCACCGCUCAAGCCUUGCACAGGUUACUCAAAUCAGAUCCCCACAAUUUAUUUCCCCAAAAGCGCAAGUGUGACCCCAGAGGCGCAGAGAUACUGUAUUUGUGGACUGUGUUGGAGUUGUGUUACAACGUUAUAUUUUUUGUUCUUUUCCCCUCUCCGAGCUGGUGAAAGUGGAUUUAUCAUGGAACUUGCACUUAGCUGACGAUGUCCCUCCUCAGUGUGCACAAAACGAGGACCUUAGUGCAUUUCUGUCGCUGCAUGGGGAACCCCCACGACCCCCAUGUCAAGUGCCUUCCCUAAGAAAACUCCUGUGACUGUGCCAACUGAUGAGCCCUACUUCCUCUGCAGUGCGUCUUGAUGGCAAUCAGAACUUUUUAGCAGUUUUCAGUGAACAUUCUAGCUUCGUUUGGUGUCAGAGUGGGAAGAGCCUCUUCCUAUUUUACUGUCAGGAAGCCGAGCUUGUAUCAAACCUGCUGUUUCAGGGUCAGAUUCAGGCCGUUUCUCGAGGUACUAGUCCGACGUGAACAACAGAGUAACUUUAACCUACUAGGAUUUUGGUUCAGUGAAUGGCAAGCCAUGUUUGUCUGUAUUAUCUAGAGGUUUUUCUUUUGUAAAAAAAAAAAAAACAAGUGACAUUUUUGACUUGACGUAAUUGUAAUUCUCCCUUUGGACGAAAUCUGCUGCCAUCCACCUGUCAGUUUGAAAGACUUGUAAUACAAAAUGCAUUUUACGUAACGCUGUGUGCUGUGCUUGUCUCUGCUGGUAACAUAAAGUGUCUACAUUUUGGGGUAC